AUGGACGGCAUUCAGCCCACCCCCGACGCAUCGGAGCUUCCAGUACUGGACAUCUCGACGCUCUCAACCUUCAAAUUCGAGCGCGUCUUGUCGGAAAUGAUUUGGCCAGCGACCGAGACCCUAAUCAAGAAGUAUACGGCGCAAGAGCGCGUCAUGGUGCGCGAGACGGAGGAGGCCUUUAAGCGGAUCGUUGUUCCGUACAUCGAGAGCUUCGACGCCAACAAGCUGGACUGGCUCUACGCCAUAAUCCAGGGCAAGAAGGAGGUUGAGCGUGUCCUAUACCGCGAUGAAGACACGAACGAAGGCUUCCUCAUUGUGCCCGACCUGAAAUGGGAUCAAACCUCGAUGAACGCACUGUACCUUACUGUCAUCGUCAAGACUGACACGAUCCGGUGUCUCCGGGACCUGACAACGGCGCAUCUCCCCAUGCUCCGCAAUGUCCGAGCGAAGGUGUUCGAGACGGUGCAGGCCAAGUUCGGAGUAGCGAAGAACAAGCUGAGGCUUUUCGUUCAUUACCACCCCUCAUACUAUCACUUCCAUGUCCACGUAGUGCAUAUCUACCACGAGGCCUUGGCGGGCAUGAUGGCCGGUCAAGCGCAUCUGCUGGACGACCUCAUUUCCCUCCUCGAGCUCUCCCCUUCUCCGCCCGAGAAGAGCAUCCUCGCCCGGAUGACUCUGACCUACGCCCUCGGGGUCGAACACCCCCUCUACGCCUGCUUCCUCAAGGCCGGCGAGGAGUUUGUCUGA